AUGUCCGUCCUCCUCGGCAUAAGAGAUGCAGCGGUUUCAAAAACAGCCCAAACCUUUCCGACACUAAACAAAAUUGGUGGAGAGCCGGACCAUUUUCUGAAGUCUAGUGCUCCACUCCUGUGUCCCCAGUGUGAGAAAAUGAUGCCCUUGGUGGUGCAACUCUACUGCCCUUUGGAUCACUCCCCCUAUCAUAGAACACUUUACAUAUACACUUGUGUGAACAGACUUUGCUGGGGGAAAAACUCCAGCUGGAAAGUUCUGCGUGAACAAAAACUUGAUGAGAGUUUCACUUCAACUGCUUCCACAUCCAUGGCAGUUGACAGCCAAAAGGAUGUCUGGGGUGCUGCUGAUGAUGACUGGGGAGAUGAUAAUGAGAAUGAUGGACAGGCUUCUUUGGAUGUUGAAAAGAUGAAGGACAUUGAAGAGGUUACCACAAUGAUUAAUGAAGACUUAACUCUUGAUGCUGCUGAACAAGAGUCAUCUUCAGAAGCAGAAGAGGAUAUGUCUCCAGUACAAAAGACAUCAGAGUCAAUGCCUAUAUCUGAAGUGGAUGGAGUUUACAGGGAAGAUGCAGCAAUGUCCCAGGAAAGUCUUUCUCGUAUGUUGAAGCUGAUGGCAUCUGAACACACAGGGGUUGAGCAGCCAAAUCUCCAGAAUACCCACCUUAAUUCUUAUUAUUUAAAUGUGUUUGAAGAUUGUGACAGAGAGGCACCAACACGACAUGUGAAGGAAUUGCUUGAAAGUUACAGCAAGAAAGAAGGAAAAACCUUUCAAAACAUGCUAACUUCUGUCAAGUCUGGACAACAAAUAUCAGUAGAUACAGAAGACUAUGAGAGUGAUGAUAUCAAGUAUAAAGAUACAGGUUUCUACAAAUUCCAUAAGACGGUGUCUUCUUGGCCCGAGCAGUGUGUCAGAUAUAAUCUUGGCGGGGCAGCAUUACCUUUGACAUCUGAGCAGUUACAACCAGGAAAAUGUAUGCACUGUGGUUCUGAUCGCCAGUUUGAGUUGCAAUUAAUGCCAGCCCUUGUGUCUGCUCUCACUUUUCCUGAUUCUCAAGACUAUGCAGUUGAAUUUGGAACUAUUUUAAUCUUCACCUGCAAACACAGCUGCUGGGAGAAAGAGACAGAGACACCAAGAUCUGAACACUGUAUCGUACAAUGUGAAAAAGAACAAUUUUUGCUACACUGA